AUGGCGCGCACAGUGCUGGGAGGCGGCGUGCUGCUUUGCGCGCUCAGCGUCGUGUUACAGACGCGCGCGCUUACCUUACUGCCGCACGACGUGCGUCCUGGCCAUGCCGUCAGACACUUUGUGGGCAACCACUCAAGAUACACGCUUCUAGAUCCAGAGUACGCGCCCUACUUUACUCUCCUCGAUGAUGGCCUACUCAUGACUACAGCUGAUUUAACGCCGCUUCUCAAUCAACCUGUCAAUUUGGCCAUACUUGAGCAAACUCCUUAUAGUAGUGCAGCCCACGCCAUUCAUCUCCUAGUUAUGGACCGACGUCAAAUGUUACAGUUUACGCCGGGUUUACUAAUAGGAGGACUCUUUGAAAACGCCCCACCGGGAACUAUAGUUGACAUUCUACCAAUUAGGGCUACGGCUCUUGUCGAUGUGGGUCCACUAGCAUACAAAAUCAUCAAGGGAAAUGAAAAUUCUGUAUUUUCUCUAAAACAGAAAGGAAAAUCAGACACGAAUUCAGAAGUAAAGUCUGUUGUAACGGAUGGUGACGUGGAAAUCGUAGCAAAUAAACCAUUAGAUGCUGAGACGAAAAGCUGCUACGAACUUGUCAUUCAAGCUACGGACCUUCACGGAGUGAAUAAGGCUAAUCUUAAAGUAAGAGUAGACGUAGGUAACGAAAAUGAUCAUGAGCCACGUUUUGAGCAAGAUGUUUAUUAUUUUAUUGUAAAUGGAACUGCUGAUGAAAAUGGUCCUAAUGGUACUGCACACUGGCCAAGAUUUUCAACUAUUGGUCAAGUGCAAGCUACCGAUGCAGAUGGUGAUCGAGUAUACUAUUCAUUACAAACCCCUAGUAAUUUGGUAGUAAUAGUACCACAGACUGGAGAACUAAUAUUAGCCGGUGAACCAGAUACCCGUGAAGUGGAGUUGAGUGUGAUUGCUCAUGACACAGGCUUCCCCCAGCUUAAAAGUCGCCUUGCAAAAGUUUUCCUAGGGUUUAUAGUUCGUGACCAAAGAGAUUUACCAGUUCUACAUCGUGAAAAGCGUCGUGUGACAAGAGCUGUUAGACCGACGAAGAGGAUUGAAUUUACUGAAGCCGAUGGUGAAGUAGAGGGACGUGCCGUUUUUACGUUAGAAAAAGAAACCGACCGCGAGACUUUCAAAAUUAGGGACGAAAAUCCGUGGGUUACCGUGGAACCAAGUGGUGUAGUGAAAGUUAAAAAGAAGUGGGACUAUGAGGAACUCGGACCUGAGAAGACCAUCGACUUUUGGGUGACCAUCACCAACGCGGGAAAUGGAGAUACGGACAAUCAGCGAGUGAUAAUCCACGUGAAGGAUGUGAACGAUGAGCCUCCUUACUUCAUCAACCGUCCCUUACCGAUGCAGACUGUUGUGCAGCUCAACGCUGCUCCAAACACCCCUGUCUUCACUCUACAAGCUCGCGAUCCUGACACAGACCACAACAUCCAUUACUUUAUCGUCAGAGACAGAACUGGAGGAAGGUUCGAGGUAGAUGAGCGGUCUGGUGUCGUGAGGACACGAGGAACCGAUCCCUUUCAACUGGAUAUGGAAUACGUACUAUACGUCAAGGCUGAAGAUCAGAAUGGCCGUGUCGAUGAGCGAAGAUUCCAGUCAACUCCUGAGGAGCGGCUUAGUAUUGUGGGCGGCAAACGAGCUCCCCAGUUCUACCUGCCUAGCUACGAAGCCGAAAUUGCUGAAAACCAGAAGAAGGAUUCUGAUAUCAUCUCAGUAAAGGCCAAGUCUUUCGCUGAUCGCGAGAUUCGCUACACAUUGAAGGCUCAAGGUCAGGGCGCUGGUACCUUUAACAUUGGACCUACAUCAGGAAUCGUGAAGCUCGCCAAAGAACUGGACUUCGAAGACUUGAGACAACCACACGUGUACUCUCUUGUGGUGACUGCUACCGAAGAUUCUGGAGGUUUCUCUACUUCUGUUGAGCUAACGAUUCGCGUGACAGACGUAAACGAUAACGCGCCAAAGUUCGAGUUACCCGACUACCAAGCGCACAACGUCGACGAAGACAUUCCAUUAGGAACCAGCAUACUCAAAGUCAAAGCAAUGGACGCUGACUCCGGGAAAAAUGCCGAAAUCGAGUAUUUAGUUUCAGACGAUCACUUCAGUGUGGAUUCGAACGGCAUCAUCACCAACAACAAGCAACUGGACGCAGACAACAAUAACGCUUACUAUGAGUUUGUGGUCACAGCCAAAGACAAGGGAGAACCAGCUAAAACCGGAACAGCAACUGUCCGAGUUUAUACCAAGAAUAAGAACGACGAGGAACCUAAAUUCUCUCAACAAGUAUACACUCCCAAUGUGGAUGAAAAUGCUGGACCUAACACGCUGGUCACGACUGUAGUAGCUUCUGAUAAAGAUGGUGACAACGUACGCUUUGGCUUCGUCGGCGGCGGCACCAGCUCCGGCCAGUUCGUAAUCGAAGAAAUCACUGGUGUCAUCCGACUACACAACAAGGCCAUAUCACUUGAUAGAGAUAAAUACGAACUUAAUGUAACCGCUAUGGACGACGGCGCAUGCUGCGUCAACGGCGAUGCAACAAUUCACACCUCUACAGCUGUUGUAGUCGUAUUUAUAACAGAUGUAAACGAUAACAAACCAAUAUUCAAAGACUGUCCAACUUACUUCCCUAAAGUGGAAGAGGGCGCUCCAAACGGCAGUCCUGUUAUAAAAGUCCACGCCACAGACGAAGAUAAAGGCGUUAACGGUCAAGUAAAAUAUUCUAUAGUACAACAACCAAAUCAGAAAGGCACCAAAUUCACUGUGGAUGAAGAAACUGGUGAAGUGUCCACUAAUAAAGUGUUCGAUCGAGAAGGCGAUGAUGGUAAAUUCGUAUCAGUGACGGUAAAGGCAACGGAUCAAGGAGAGCCUUCCUUAGAAGGUGUUUGCUCAUUCACUGUUGAGAUCACCGAUGUUAACGACAACCCUCCACUGUUCGACCGACAAAAAUAUGUGGAGAACGUAAAACAAGACGCCAGUAUUGGCACAAACAUAUUGCGAGUGUCCGCAUCUGACGAGGACGCCGACAAUAACGGCGCCAUUGUUUAUACUUUGAGCGCGCCCUAUAAUCCUGCUGAUAUUGAGUAUUUUGAGAUCCAGCCCGAAUCGGGUUGGAUCGUUUUAAAGAAGCCUCUCGACCGAGAAACGUACAAGUUGGAGGCUAUGGCUCAAGACAAGGGUUUCCCGCCCUUGUCCAGAACCGUGGAGGUCCAGAUAGACGUAGUGGAUCGCGCGAACAAUCCCCCCGUGUGGGACCACACCGUGUAUGGCCCGAUCUACAUUCGAGAGAAUUUACCCGUGGGUGCCAAAGUGGUGUCCGUGAAAGCAAGUUCGGGUAUUGAGAACAACCCGACCGUGUUUUAUCGGCUCAUGCCCGGCUCCACGGCCCAGACCAACAAAUUCCACACAUUCUAUUUACAACAAAGGGCAGACAACGGAUUUACAUGGGCCGAUAUAAAAGUUAACCACCCACUCGACUACGAGAGUAUCAAGGAGUACAAUCUUACGAUCCGAGUGGAGAACAACGGCGCCCAGCAACUGGCUUCCGAAGCGACGGUGUACAUCAUGCUUGAAGACGUGAACGACGAGAUCCCCCUGUUCACUGAGCGGGAACAAGAGACGGUGCUUGAAGGGGAACCUAUCGGGACCAAGGUGACGCAGGUCAACGCUAUCGACAAGGACGGAACAUUCCCUAAUAACCAGGUGUACUACUACAUAGUGGAUUCUCCGCGGAACGAAGGCAAAGACUUCUUCGAGAUCAGCAUGCAGACUGGUGAAAUCUUCACGAAGGUGGUGUUUGACAGAGAGAAGCAAGGGGCGUACGCGCUGGAGGUGGAGGCCCGCGACGGAGCACCCUCGGCACGGCCCAACUCCGACAACCAACACAACUCAGUAACUAAAUUCAUCCGCAUCGGGAUCGCUGACAAGAAUGACAACCCACCGUAUUUCGACAAAGAGCUGUACGAGGCGGAGGUCGACGAAAAUGAAGACAUCCAACACACCGUACUCACCGUCACCGCCAAAGAUCACGAUGAAUCGUCGCGUAUUCGAUACGAGAUCACGAGCGGGAACAUAGGCGGCGCGUUCGCCGUCAAGAACAUGACUGGCGCCAUCUACGUGGCAGGCGCGCUCGACUACGAAACUAGGAAGCGGUACGAGCUGAAGCUGGCGGCGUCUGACAAUCUGAAGGAGAACUAUACGACUGUGGUGAUCCACGUGAAGGAUGUGAACGACAAUCCGCCUGUGUUCGAGAGGCCCACCUAUCGCACGCAGAUCACUGAAGAAGAUGACCGCAAUCUGCCGAAACGAGUGCUUCAGGUCACUGCCACGGAUGGCGACAAAGACAGACAACAAAAUAUUGUAUAUUUCCUCACCGGUCAGGGCAUCGACCCUGACAAUCCUGCGAAUAGCAAAUUCGACAUCAAUCGUACAACGGGCGAAAUAUUCGUCCUCAAACCUUUGGAUCGCGACCAGCCUAAUGGACGACCGCAAUGGCGAUUCACAGUAUUUGCGCAAGAUGAAGGAGGCGAGGGUCUCGUGGGAUACGCAGAUGUUCAAGUCAAUCUUAAAGACAUUAAUGAUAAUGCUCCAAUUUUCCCUCAAGGCGUAUAUUUCGGUAAUGUCACAGAAAAUGGCACAGCUGGUAUGGUCGUUAUGACUAUGACAGCCAUCGACUAUGAUGAUCCGGCAGAAAGUAAUAACGCGAAACUGUGGUAUUCUAUUGAGAAAAACGUCAUUGAGGAAGAAACCGGCUCACCUAUAUUUGAAAUCGAACCUGAAACUGGUGUCAUAAAAACUGCAGUAUGUUGUCUCGACCGAGAAAGAACACCAGAUUAUUCGAUACAGAUAGUAGCGUCCGACGGUGGGGGUUUGAAAGGAACCGGUACAGCCUCCAUUAGAGUAAAGGACAUUAACGAUAUGCCCCCGCAGUUCACCAAAGACGAAUGGUUCACUGAGGUCGAUGAAACCGAUGGAACUAAUUUACCUGAAAUGCCCAUCUUGACAGUAACUGUUCAUGAUGAGGACGAAACUAAUAAAUUUCAAUAUAAAGUUAUUGAAAAUAGUGGAUAUGGUGCUGAUAAGUUUACUAUGGUUAGAAAUAAUGACGGCACUGGUUCGUUAAAAAUUGUACAGCCUUUAGAUUAUGAAGACCAAUUACAAAGUAAUGGCUUCAGAUUUAGGAUACAAGUUAAUGAUAAAGGAGAAGACAAUGACAACGAUAAAUAUCACGUAGCUUAUUCAUGGGUAGUUGUUAAGCUUAGGGAUAUUAAUGACAAUAAACCUCAAUUUGAAAGAGCUAACAUAGAAGUAUCAGUAUAUGAAAAUGCUGAAGUCGGAAAGAGCUUAGAAACAUUUAAAGCAACUGAUCCAGAUCAAGGAGGAAAAAGCAAAGUAUCGUAUGCUAUCGAUAGAUCCUCAGAUAGGAAGCGUCAGUUUUCGAUUAACCAAGAAGGAACUGUAAGCAUACAACGGUCAUUAGAUCGAGAAGACACUCCCAGGCAUCAAGUUAAAAUUUUAGCAAUUGAUGAUGGAGUACCACCGAGGACUGCAACAGCUACUCUGACAGUAAUUGUUCAAGACAUAAAUGAUAACGCACCUACAUUUUUGAAAGACUAUAGACCUGUUCUGACAGAACAUAUAACACCUAAAAAGGUAGCUGAAAUUUUAGCUACCGAUGAUGAUGACCGAUCAAAAAGUAAUGGACCACCAUUCCAGUUCAGGCUUGACCCUGGUGCAGAUGACAUCAUUCGUGCUUCUUUCAAAGUGGAACAAGACCAGAAAGGUGCUAAUGGUGAUGGUAUGGCUAUAGUGUCAUCAUUACGAUCCUUUGAUAGAGAACAACAGAAGGAAUAUCUUAUUCCCAUUAUUAUUAAAGAUCAUGGAAACCCUGCAAUGACUGGAACAAGCACCUUGACUGUUGUAAUUGGUGAUGUCAAUGAUAACAAAAUGCAACAAGGAUCCAAAGAAAUACUGGUGUACAGUUACCAAGGUCAAGCGCCAGACACGGAAAUUGGUCGAGUUUACGUUUACGAUCUUGAUGACUGGGAUCUUCCAGAUAAAAAGUUCUUCUGGGAAAGUUCAGAACAUCCAAACUUCACAUUAAACGAAGAAACUGGUAUGAUACAAAUGAGACAUAAAACCAGGGAAGGUAGAUAUCAUCUUAAAUUUAAAGUUUAUGAUCGGAAACAUACACAAACAGAUGUGCCUGCAAAUGUUACAGUGUAUGUAAAAGAAAUAUCUCAUGACGCCAUUAUAAAUUCGGGUUCCAUCCGAAUAUCCGGAAUAUCUGAUGAAGAUUUCAUCAGGGUAUGGAAUUAUAAGACUCUUAGCGUGUCAAGGAGCAAAUUAGACAUUUUCAAGGACAAAUUGGCUGACUUGCUCAAUACUGAACGUGAAAAUAUUGAUAUCUUCAGCGUGCAGCUCAGGAAGAAGCACCCUCCAGUCACAGAUAUUCGCUUUUCUGCUCACGGGGCUCACUACUAUAAGCCUAUCCGAUUAAACGGCAUUGUGUUAAUGCAUCGUGAAGAAAUUGAGCGCGCUGUGGGAAUUAACAUCACAAUGGUCGGUAUCGACGAAUGUUUGUAUGAAAACCAAAUGUGUGAAGGGUCCUGUACUAACGUUUUGGAUAUCAGUAAUUUGCCUUAUAUGGUUAAUGCAAACAAAACAGCUCUCGUUGGUGUCCGAGUUGACGUAAUCGCUGAGUGCACAUGUGGUGCCCGAAACUUCACGCAAGCAGAAACUUGCCGUAAUUCUCCUUGUUACAACGGAGGCAGGUGUAUAGAAGGCAAAUAUGGAUUAACCUGUUCCUGUCCUCCUGGGUACACAGGACCAAGAUGUCAACAAACAUCCAGGAGCUUUAGAGGCACUGGCUGGGCCUGGUAUCCUGCCCUGGAAAUGUGUGACAGUUCACAUUUGAGCUUCGAGUUUAUCACGAGAAAGUCGGAAGGUGUAUUAUUAUACAAUGGACCAAUUGUACCACCCGAGCCUGAAGAAAUAAUGGUAUCUGAUUUCAUAUCGGUGGAAUUAGAAAGGGGUAAUCCAAGACUUCUUAUUGAUUUUGGAUCCGGUACUCUAGAAUUAAGAGUGAAAACAAAGAAAUCCCUGGAUGAUGGCGAAUGGCACAGAAUAGACAUAUUCUGGGAUACAGAAAACGUCAGAAUGAUCGUGGAUUUCUGUAAAUCUGCUGACAUUCAAGAAAUGGAAGAUGGAACUCCACCAGAAUUCGAUGACUCCACUUGCCAAGCUUCUGGAACCAUACCUCCAUUCAAUGAAUAUCUAAAUGUAAAUGCACCGCUACAAAUUGGUGGUUUAUACAUAGAGCAUUUUGAUCCGACCCACUAUCAUUGGCAAUACAUGCCUAUAGGCAAAGGUUUUGACGGGUGCAUACGAAACUUAAUCCACAACAGCAAGUUGUACGAUUUAGCGCAUCCUGGCUUAUCUCGAAAUUCCGUGGCCGGUUGUCCUCAAACUGACGAAAUAUGUAAUCAAGCAGACACUACUUCACGGUGCUGGGAGCACGGCACCUGUGUCGGAAGUUUCUCCGAAGCCCGGUGUCAGUGUCAGCCUGGUUGGACGGGACCUUCAUGUAACUUACCAACUACGCCUACCAGCUUCCGGCCUCAGAGUUAUGUGAAAUUCGCUUUAAGUUUUGAACCAGACAGGUUUAGUACACAAAUUCAACUGCGGUUUAGAACUCGCGAACCUCACGGUGAACUUUUUAGAGUGAGUGACCAACACAAUCGAGAGUACGGUAUACUUGAAGUGAAAGAAUCACGAUUACAUUUCCGUUACAACCUGAAUUCACUUCGUACUGAAGAGCGUGACGUGUGGCUAAACUCUGUGGCGGUGGAUGACGGCCAGUGGCACAUAGCGCGUGUGAGCCGGUACGGAAGCGCUGCGAUGCUUGAAAUAGAUGGCGGCGAGGGAAGAAGAUAUAACGAGACAUUCUACUUUGAGGGCCACCAGUGGUUGUUGGUGGAUAAGCAGGAAGGAGUGUAUGCUGGUGGCAAGGCUGAAUAUACCGGCGUUAGAACUUUUGAAGUUUAUGCCGACUUCCAGAAGGGUUGUCUAGAUGACAUUAGGUUGGAAGGCAAGCACUUACCACUACCGCCGGCGAUGAAUGGCACGCAGUGGGGACAGGCGACGAUGGCUAGGAACUUGGACCGGAACUGCCCGUCCAACAGCCCGUGUAUCAACGUGCACUGCACCGAGCCCUUCGUGUGCGUCGAUCUCUGGAACGAAUAUGAAUGCACUUGCGGUGAGGGUUUGGUAUUGUCUCCGGACGGCAAGGGAUGUGUAGACAAGAACGAGUGUCUGUACUUCCCGUGCCGCAAUGGCGGCUCGUGCGUGAACCGCGAGCCUGGCUACCGCUGCCACUGCCCCGAAGGGUUCUGGGGCGAGAACUGCGAACUCGUACAAGAAGGCCGCACGCUCAAGCUCAGCAUGGGCGCGCUCGCGGCGAUCCUCGUCUGCCUCCUCAUUAUUAUGAGUGAGCACUAA